UUCAAUGGAAAAAUAACUGGCCGUGAAUAAAAAAUAAAAAGUUUGAAUUACAUUGUUACUAGUUAUAAAUUAAAUUUGCUGGUGUCUUUGUUCGUACAUUAUACACACGAGUGUUUAUUCACUGCACGAUCAUAUCAGUUGACUUAUUACAUUAGUCAUAAUCAGUGAAUAUAUUUUGUGUUCAUUAUCGCUCGUGUUUUAGCGAAAACAGGUGGCUGUUAUCGCUGUGAACUUUAAUUGUUAUUGUUAUUGUGAUGAGGAAAUUUGAUAAUUAUGAUUGAAUAAUAAUCUAAGAUAAUUAAAUAAUCUUCAGUGGUCAAGGGCGUAUUUUUCGUUUUAUUUAAUGAUAUAUUUUAAUUAAGUGAAGAGUAUUUUGAAGCCAAGAGUGGUGAUUGAAUGGAUUUACGAUUGUCAACGGGGCCCAGAGCCCUUCUCACUCUCUUAAUUUUGAUCAUUGUAGAACUUCCGACUGUACAAAUGGCUUAUAACAUUGGAACUGGAAUCGCUGAUACAACUGGUCCGAUAGCGGAAAUUGUUUUUAUGGGGUACGCAAAAAUUGAUCAAAAAGGAGCAGGACUUCAUCUUCGGACUUUUGCUCGCAGUUAUAUUAUUGACGAUAGCGAAGAAAGAUUUGUUUUUGUCAGUGUUGAGAGUGCAAUGAUUGGACAUGACGUCCGCGCUAUGGUAAUCCGUAAACUGCAAGAAAAGUACGGCGAUUUGUAUUCUGAAAAGAACGUGAUGAUAAGCGCAACACACACUCAUUCAAGUCCGGGCGGAUACAACUUGUACAUGCUCUUUGAUCUCACGACAUUUGGAUUUAUCAAGCAAAGCUUUAAUGCUCUAGUCAAUGGAAUUUUUGUGAGUAUUGUACGAGCUCACGAUUCCGUAGUACCAGGAAAGUUAUUUGUCGGUCAUGGUGAAGUAUUAGACGCAAAUAUAAACCGCAGCCCAAUGGCAUAUUUGAACAACCCCCAGUUCGAGCGAGACAAAUACAAUUACGAUGUCGAUAAAAGCAUGACCCAAUUGCAAUUUAUUGCAGCUGACGGUCAUCCUAUGGGUGUUAUCAAUUGGUUUGCAGUCCAUCCUACUAGUAUGAAUAACACUAAUCGACUUGUUUCAAGUGAUAAUGUCGGCUAUGCUGCUGUAUUGUUUGAGAAAUAUAUAAACAAAGAUGCUCCUAUUGGGAAGGGUGACUUUGUAGCAGCUUUUGCGUCGAGUAACCUGGGAGAUGUUUCCCCCAACACCCGAGGUCCCAAGUGCGAGUUUUCAGGUGAUGAGUGCUCCUCUUCGUACACUUGUCCCGGGAAGAGUGAAAUGUGUUUCGCAUCCGGUCCCGGGAAAAAUAUGUUUGAGAGUACGAGUAUUAUUGCGCACAAACUUUUCGACGGAUCAAUGAAUAUUUGGAAUGAUCGAUCAGCGUUGACGGAAUUGAAAGGUCCUGUACGAGUGGUUCAUCAAUUUGUGAAAAUGCCGGGGCAAAUGGCGGAAUUCUUCAACUAUACCACAAAUCAACUGGAAACGGUAACGGCAUGUUAUCCAGCAAUGGGUUACAGUUUCGCAGCAGGAACAACCGACGGACCAGGUUCAUUUUCUUUCGCCCAAGGCACGACAACAUCAAAUCCCAUGUGGAACGCCGUACGUAAUUUCGUAGCUGCACCUACGGACGAGGAUAUAAAGUGUCAUGGUGCUAAGCCAAUACUUCUUGCAACUGGGAGGAUGUGGUUACCGUAUCAGUGGCAACCACAGACUGUUUCCACUCACCUGGCGAUGAUAGGCGACUUGGUGAUUGCUGGUGUUCCAGGUGAGUUUACUACCAUGUCCGGCAGGAGAAUGCGCGAGACUAUAGCAUCUACCGCUCAAGAGAUCACUAAGGCGCAGCCAACUGUUGUCAUUGCUGGACUUUGUAAUACUUACAGCGAUUACGUCGCAACUCCCGAAGAAUAUGAGAUACAAAGAUAUGAAGGAGCUUCAACGAUUUUCGGGCCUCAUACUUUGACUGUUUAUUUACAACAAUACAAAAAACUCAUUACCGCUGCUGUCCAUAAAAAAAAAGUAGACCCAGGUCCAUUUCCAAGAGAUCUCACCUCGGAAAAUCUCAUAACCCUGCAAACUCCAGUGGUGUAUGAUACAGCAAAAUGGGGAAAACACUACGGCGAUUGUAUCAAACAGCCGGAUAAAAUAGUUAAUCCCGAUGAAACUGUGUCUGCCAUUUUUGUUUCAGGACAUCCAAGAAACAAUUUAAUGACUGGUCGUACUUUUUUGACCGUUGAGAGACUGGAGAACAAUACUUGGAUUGAAGUUGCGACGGAUGCUGAUUGGGAAACAAAAUUGUACUGGGUUAGGACGUCAGUAGUAUUAGGAACAAGUCAAGUUGAAAUCACGUGGGAAAUACCAUCUGACACGAAACCUGGAAAAUAUCGAAUCGGACAUUAUGGAUCGUACCAAUAUAUAUUUGGUGGCAAAUAUCCUUAUGAGGGUUUCUCGAAUUUAUUCGAAGUUAAAUCACAAGGGAGUGCGUAAAGUAAUUAUUCGGCUUUCUCAGUUCUCCUAUUCUAAUGUUAUAUCUAAUAAUAUGUAUGUGUACAGUAUGAAAUCCAAUACUCAUGAAGAGAAUACACGAUAAGUUUGUAAAAUUAAUUAAUCAAGUAUAAUAAUUUAAUUUAUUAGUAUAGUACAGUGUUAUAUCUUAAGAAAAUUUGUCUUUUUUUAUUACAUAUAAAAAUUGCAUAUUUAUAAAUUGUAUCAUGUAGAUUAAAAAAUACUAGAAGUUCAAAUCAUGCGCUUUAAUUUUAACCACUCGUAAUAGUAUAUUGUGCAACAAGUGCGACAACGUCGCACGAGUUGCACAUACUAUUUUGUAUUACAAAUGCGGCGAUAGAUGUGGGUACAAAAUUGGGGUCCAGGGGCAAAGCUCCGGCGGGGGAUUGGGGGAGGGGGUGGAGCCCCCCCCCAGUCC